AUGAUAAGCUCGAAGAGCAAACGUCACACAUGGGUGAAGAACGUCAUCAAAUAUUUGCGCAAGUAUGAAUUCGACGGGUUUGACAUGGACUGGGAGUUUCCUGCCACUAGAGGCAGUCCUCCAGACGACAAAUACAGGUUCACUCUUCUCAUGAAGGAACUUUAUGAAUCAUUUGCUCAAGAAGCUCGUGAGACCGGCAGAGAUAAACUUCUGCUGACUCUGGCUACAGCCGCGGGAACGUAUUAUAUCAGCCAAUCAUACGAGCCGACAGAAAUUGUCAAAUAUGUCGAUUAUAUGUUUCUGAUGACAUAUAAUUACCAUGGUGGCGCGUGGGAGCAGGUGACAGGUCACCACGCCGGGCUUUACCGACACAAGAACGACCCGCCUGGCGAGAAAGGACAGCUGUACCAGCAAUGGUCUAUUGACUUCUGGCUCGAUGCCGGAAUACCCAAGGACAGACUCGUUGUAGGAAUUCCGACUUACGGAAUGACUUUCCGAUUGGCUGAUCCCAGUCAACACGGCGUGUUUGCUCCAGCCAUUGGUGGAGGUACUAAGGGAGAAUACACCGGGGAGAGGGGCAUAAUGUCUUAUUACGAGGUUUGUGAGCGUCUCCAAGAGAGAGGCUGGAAAUCAAAGUGGAUUGACAGUCAGGCUGUGCCCUAUGCUUAUGGCGGCGACCAGUGGGUGGGUUAUGAGAACAAGGAUAGCAUUAGGCUGAAGGCUAAGAACAUUAUGAAGAGAGGCUUGGCGGGGGCGUUUGUGUGGUCCGUAGAGAUGGACGACUUUGGUGGCACCUGUGGCGAAGGGAAGUAUCCGUUGAUGAGUGAGAUCACAAAGAUUCUGAAGCCUUACAACGGCAUGAAACAGGAAACACACUGGACUCCCAAGCCAACAGACGCCGCAGUGUGGACACAGAAGCCAAAACCAACAUGGAGACCAAAACCAACUCAACCCAAACCAAAGUGGCAACCGAAAGCGGAGGAACCUAAACCCAAACCAACAUGGGCGCCUAAAGUUACGUCAAGACCAGCGGUCCAGCGUCCGGAGAAACCCACGUGGUCCCGAACGAAGAAACCUUCCUGGAAUAAACCACAGAAUAAGAGACCUUCAUGGAAUAGACCACAGAAGAAGAAACCCUCCUGGCAGAAACCCAAAUACGAGAAACCUUCCUGGCAGAAACCAACUUUCCGGCCCGUGACGAAACCACCGAGUGCAGCUGGAAGCGUGGAUUGCUCAAAACUGGGAUCUGGAAUAUUUUCGGAUCCGUCUAGCUGUGACAAAUUCUACCUGUGUGUCCCCGGGGUGUGGGGCUCUUACCAACCCGUAAGGAUGUCCUGUCCCACGGCGCUAAACUGCAAACCAUCCAUUUUGAAUCGAGCUCUCGAAGGCAUGAAUUUGAACAGUUUGGGACUACUUUUGGUAUCAUUACUCUCGGCAUGCAAGGUGGCUUCUGGGAAGUUGGUAUUUUGCUACUACAGCAGCUUUGCCCGCAGCCGUCCAUGGCAGGGCCGUUUCCAGCCGGAAGACAUUGAUCCAAACCUGUGCACACACGUGAUCUAUGCCUUUGUGGAUAUGCAGGGCGCCACAGGACUAAGGCCUAACCACUGGUUAGAUUAUGAGUAUUAUCAGCGUACUCUGGACCUCAAGCGAAGGAAUCCCGACCUGAAGGUGCUGUUGGCCGUGGGCGGGUGGGACAUCGGAUCUGAGCCUUUCGUUGCCAUGAUGAGUUCUCCGGAAACACGAAGGGAGUGGGCCAAAAAUGUCGUCAAAUUUUUAAGAAAUUACGGGUUUGAUGGAUUAGAUAUGGACUGGGAAUUUCCAGGCACACGAGGAAGUCCACCGGCGGAUAAAUACAGAUUUUCAGAUCUUUUAGAGGUCCUCCAAUACGAGUUUACUGAAGAAGCACGCAGGACCGGAAACGACAAGCUGAUAUUAACCUUAGCAACUGCUUCCGGUACAUACUACAUUGACCAGUCGUAUGAGCCGUGGAAGAUUCCAAAAUACAUAGAUUACAUGUUGCUGAUGACGUAUAAUUACCAUGGCAACUGGGAGAACGUCACAGGGCAUCACAGUGGACUAAACGCUCAUUGGUCAGAUUUCGUUACUGAGAGGCCAGGACAAACGGAACUCCAUCAGCAAUGGUCUAUUGACUACUGGCUGAACAAAGGUAUGCCCAAGGAGCGGUUGAUCGUCGGCCUCCCGACCUACGGUAUGUCGUUCACAUUAGAGGACCCCAGAAAUAACGGAAUCCGAGCCAAAACCGUAAACUCCACGGACUGGCGGGAGCGUGCAGGGGACGCAGGGCCUUGGACAGAGGAGAGGGGCGUCCUGUCUUACUAUGAGAUUUGUACCUUCCUGAAGUACCAGGGGUGGGACAGAGAGUGGAUUCCCGACCAGCGGGUGCCUUACGCGACGAAGGGGGACCAGUGGGUCGGGUACGAGGAUGUACCUAGCAUCACAAUAAAGUCCGAAAACAUAAUGAGCAGGGAUUUAGGGGGAGCUUUCGUGUGGUCCGUUGAAAUGGACGACUUCCGCGGGGUGUGCGGAGAAGGGAAAUAUCCUUUACUCAGCAAAAUUAACGAGAUUCUAAAACCACAACCAGAAGGGCCGACAACCCUGCGCCCUCCUUACAGAACACCGCAGCCCGUGCGUAUCACGCCUGUACCGACGACAGCAGCCCCCCCUACUACCAGCCAACCGACGCGAAGGCCCGCAACUCGCACCACACCUCGCACACGUCGUCCAACAACCAGGCGGCCAUACGUGACGACGCCGCGACGGACGACAGUGCGACGAACGAGUUCGUGGUGGACAGCCCGCCCAACCACUCGCAGGCGACCGGCACCAACCACCAGGCGGCCAGUGGCAACAACCAGGCGGCCAUCCGUCACUCGUCCCCCUGCACAAAAACUGGACUGCACAUAUUUACCAGACGGAAUCCACGCCGAUCCUACCAGUUGCUUCACCUUUAUAUUCUGUGCGGAGGGACGAGCCUUCACGCUUAAGUGUUCUGCAGGCACCAAAUUUGACGUCGACAGAAAAGUGUGUGACUUUGAAAAGCUGGCUAAAUGUCCUUAGGCUGAAAUUCGCCGCUUUUGUAACAAUUAGGUAGCUGUAUAUAGGAAUUUCUGUUAUAAAAUAUAUGCGUGGUACUGUG